AUGGCCCAAGAACCGAGUGUGAAAGUUGGCGAUAUCCCUAUCUUGUUCCGACGCCUGAAGGAGCCGGAACUCGGUGUUAAUGGCUACGAUGGACCAGCGCACUCAGUGACUAUUCUGAAAGCUGGCCACCGCAAGGAAGAAGAUGUCAAAGCUUUCGGAGUCGAUACAAUAUACGAGAAAGAUGUUGAGAUCCCAAUGCGUGAUGGUAUUAUACUGAAGGGCGAUAUCUUUCGCCCUGCAACCUCAGAUUCUGAAAACGUACCGGCGAUUAUUCCAUGGAGUCCUUACGGCAAAACAGGCAGAGGCUUGUCUCUGAAUUUCAUGCCUGGGAGAAUGGGUGUACCCAGAGCGAACACGUCCGGGUAUGAGAAGUUCGAAGCCCCUGACCCCGCAGAGUGGACUGCUCGUGGCUAUGCCGUUGUCAAUAUUGACUCUCGUGGGGCGUGGGAUUCGCAGGGAUAUCUCUGUUGGGCCGGUACCCAAGAAGGUAGAGAUGGGUACGAUGCCAUCGAAUGGAUCGCCAAGCUCCCGUGGUGUACUGGAAGCGUGGCCACGGCAGGAAACUCAUGGCUUGGCCGUUCCCAAUGGUACAUCGCGGCUGAGCGCCCUCCGUCUCUGAAGUGCAUCGCUCCCCUAGAGGGUUCGGGAGACCUAUAUCGAGAGAUCCAUGUCCGGGGAGGAAUCGCUUGUACACCUUUUCUCGAAUGGAUGAUGACAAACCUCAGGGGACGAGGCUAUAUGGAAGACCCAGUGGCAAUGCUGAAGAAAUACCCUCUGAUGAAUGACUACUGGAAAGACAAACGCGCACAGAUCUUUAACAUCGAAGUUCCAGCAUAUGUCUUAGCCAGCUACUCGACAUUCCUCCAUUUGCCAGGGAGUUUGCGGGGAUUUGACGAAAUCCCCCACAACGAUAAAUGGCUGCGUGUUCAUGAAAGUCAGGAAUGGCAUGACUUAUAUCAAAAACGAACCACUGAUGAGCUUCAAAUAUUCUUCGACCGUUAUCUCAAAGGCAUUGAAAACGGGUGGGAGACGACUCCCCAGGUCCGUGUGUCCUUGUUAGGCUACAACCAGCCCAACAUCAGGAAUCAGGUCUACAAGGCUUGGCCACCGGCAGAGACGAAGUACACAACAUUAUUUGCCGGAACUGGCGACCAGUUGCUCGUACAUGCUGCAACUGACCAAAGUUUCGUCUCCUAUCAAUCUGAUGUAGAUGCUCAGCAGGUCGACAAUGACACUGAAGAGCUCCAUUUCAGAUUGAAGAUUCCAGAGAGAACAUUUCUCAUUGGCGCUGUGAAAGCUGUUCUGUACCUAUCAUGCGAUGACGUCGACGAUAUGGACAUAUUCUUACAGGUCCGAAAAGCUAAUAAAGAUGGCCUUAUCCUUCGAAGUUAUAAUGUGCCUGAUGAUGACAUGGCGGCCAUGGGUAUUCCACGAGAGAAAGUCCCUUUGGUGAACCCUGUCGUAUAUCUAGGCCCUCAUGGCCAGAUUCGAGCAAGCCAUCGUGCGAUCGACAUGAAUAUCUCGAAGCCACAUUAUAUCUCACAUGCUCACUUGGUUGAGGAGCGCAUUCGGAGAGGAUCUGUUGUACGAGUUGAAACUAGCAUUUGGCCAGGUGGAAUCAUCUUUGAGAACGGUGAAUAUCUGGUGAUCAAGGUCAGCGGUCAUCCGAUGUACUUGGCGGAGUUUCCCACGUUGAGAGGGGCUUUCAAGGCAAACAACAAGGGCCUUCACAAGGUAUGGAUUGGCGGAGAGUCAGCAUCUCAUUUCGUGGUGCCGUUUGUCGAACCACCGAUUUGA